GGCCAGGACAGGGAGAGGUGCCGUCUGCUUCGCAUUAUGUGGAUCCCACUCCUGGCUUUUCUGACUGCUGGAAUCGUCUCUCUGCAGAAAUGCCAGCGAGGGCCAGGCCCCGUGCUGCGGGCAGCCCGUGUGCUCGCCGCUGUGCCGGGGCUGUGCCAGCGCCCGGAAAACAGAUGUGCCACUUCAAAUGCAGUAACAUGCAAAAUGUGCCUUGCCCUGGGCCCAGAGUGUGGAUGGUGUACUCAAGAGGAUUUCAUGGCAGAAGCAACACAGAAGGGACGAUGUGACAUGGUUUUUAAUUUAAUAAAAAAAGGCUGCCAAUCGGAAUUUAUUGAAAAUCCCACCAGUCGUGUAACAGUACCCAGUGACCACAAGGCUAAUACACAAGUAACUCCAGGACAGGUUUCAAUCCAACUGCGUCCAGGAGGUGAAGCAAGCUUUGUGCUAAAAGUCCAUCCUCUAGAGAAGUAUCCUGUGGACCUUUAUUAUUUAGUUGAUGUCUCAGCUUCUAUGCACAACAACAUAGAAAAAUUAAAUUCUGUGGGUUUUGAUCUAUCUAAAAAGAUGGCAAAUAUUUCUCUUGAUUUUCGACUUGGCUUUGGAUCAUAUGUGGAUAAGACAGUAUCACCUUAUAUUAGCAUUCAUCCAGAAAGAAUCCAUAAUCAGUGCAGUGAUUAUAAUUUAGAUUGUAUGCCACCUCAUGGUUACAUUCAUGUACUUUCCCUGACUGACAACAUAGCAGAGUUCAAAAAUGCAGUGAAUAAACAAAAGAUCUCUGGGAAUAUCGAUACCCCUGAAGGGGGGUUUGAUGCUAUGCUUCAGGCAGCUGUGUGCCAGAGCCAUAUUGGCUGGCGCAAAGAAGCAAAGCGAUUACUUCUUGUGAUGACAGACCAGACCUCUCAUCUGGCCCUUGAUAGUAAAUUGGCUGGGAUAGUAAUUCCCAAUGAUGGAAAUUGCCAUCUGAAAGAUAAUGUGUACAUCAAAGCAACAAGCAUGGAACAUCCAUCGCUUGGGCAACUUUCUGAAAAACUCAUAGACAACAACAUCAAUGUUAUCUUUGCAGUUCAAGGAAACCAGUUUCACUGGUAUAAGGAUCUUUUGCCUCUGUUGCCUGGUACUGUUGCAAGACAGAUAGAAUCACAAGCAGCUAAUCUCAAUGAUUUGGUGGUAGAAGCCUAUCAGGAAGCAUUGAGGCUAUGGGAAGCCUGGGAAGCCGCUUACCUACCAGGCACUCAGAACAGGCUGACAGACUUCCUGAGCAGAUCUUUCGCCAAUCAUCACAAGUGGUCCAUACGACCAGAGCAGAAGUGGUGGUUGUUCAAGAAACUAAUCUCUGAAGUGAAAAUUCAGGUGGAUAACCAGAUCCAAGAUCUACACUUUAACAUAACUGCAAUCUGUCCUGAUGGAAGUAAAAGAGCAGGCAUGGAAGGAUGUAAAAAUGUGGCCUAUAACGACGAAGUGCUUUUUAAUGUGUCAGUUGCAAUGAAAGGAUGUGGUACAAGUGGAAGAAGAAAAUAUGUGGUAAUCAAACCUAUUGGUUUCAAUGAAACCACUAUAAUUAAUAUACACAAAAACUGUGCCUGUCAUUGUGAGGACAGUACAAAGCACAGCAGAAUAUGUGCCGAUGAAACUUUUCUCGAUGAUGAAAGCACCCAUUGUGAAGACACUAACUGUAGUUCCAGUGAAGAUAUGUUUUCUUCUGAGAGAUGUAAAUUACACCCAGACCAGCCCAUCUGCAGUGGUCAAGGUGACUGCAUAGGUGGAAAAUGCCUCUGUCACAGAACCAAACUGGGCAAAGUAUAUGGCAGAUACUGUGAAAUGGAUGACUUUUCUUGCCCAUAUUACCAUGGAAACCUGUGUGCUGGCAAUGGUGAAUGUGAAACUGGGAAAUGCAGAUGCUUCCGCGGCUGGGAAGGUGACCGCUGCCAGUGUUCAUCAUUGUCAGCAAAACACUGCAUGAAUUCCAAAGGCCAGAUUUGCAGUGGAAGAGGAGCAUGUGUAUGUGGAAAAUGCGAGUGCACUGAUCCAAGAAGUUUUGGCCGUUUGUGUGAAUAUUGCCCUUCUUGUAACAAUGUCUGUGAUGAUAACAGAAAUUGUGUUCAGUGCCAUCAUUCUGACAAUGCAUCACAAACAACACGUGACCAGUGCAAAGCCUCAUGUGCUUAUAUGGUGCAUUAUAUUGAUCCAACAUUCGAAUGUUUCUCUGACCCAAGCUACUUCAGAAUCUUUUUCAUAAUCUUUAUAGUUACAUUUUUGAUCGGGUUGCUUAAUGUACUUAUUAUCAGACAGAUAAUUCUACAGUGGAAUAGCAAUAAAGUUAAAUCUUCCUCAGAUUACAGAGCAUCUGCAACAAAGAAGGAUAAAAUGUUUUUGCCAACUGUUUGUUCAAGAACAGUAACAUACAGACGUGACAAACCAGAAGAAAUAAAUAUCGAAAUCAGCAAGUUACGAUUAAAUGAAACUUUCAAGUGCGAGUUUUGAAGACUGUUUUUUCUGCAAAUAGUUAGUUCCUUCAUUUUCUUAUUUUUACUGUGUAAGAGUCUUGACUGAAGCUAUUUGUUUUUGUGGCAUGCAGUUUUUUAAUACUGUAACAAACCAACAUGUAAGCAUAGUCACAUAAUGUGACGACAUUUGAAGUUAUGGCUGCUGUAUUUUUUGAAAGAGCAAUGUGCAUUACUACUGUUCAAGACCAUUAGUGUUGGUGUAGCACUUUAAUGUAAAAUAAUUUAUUUAGUUAUGGUAUAGAAUGUAGAUAUGAACAGGGGUGACAAAGCACUGAUCUCACUUUACAUGUAGCUAGUAUUGAUGUGCGCUGUGGGAAAAACUGUGAUUAAAAUAUUAACAUUCCUAUAUAUUGUGGCAAUAGAUGGAGCUUUUGGACUACUUGUACAUGUAAAAAUGAUACUUCUUAAAACUUUGUAUGGUUCUUCUAUCUAAGUUCCAGUGAUCUUCUCUGCUUUGACAUCAGUUCAUCUUCUUAUAGUUACUUAUAAAAUGACUGGAUUAAUGAGUGCUUAGUUACUACUGGUAUUUUUAAAAGUCUACAAAUGAUAAUGUUACUUAAACAGGAUAUAUUCUUCACCUUAUAAAGUAUAUACAUUUUACCAUUCCUUUUGUUCCAAAAUAGAGGCUUUUGUAUAUAUUUUAAGAUAUAUGAAAACUGAGUCAAUAUAAAGAAAAGGAGGGGAGGGUUAGUCUUGUGUGGUUUUGGUUUUUGUUUUAUCUGGCUGGAAUACUCUAGAUAAUAAUUAAACACACUGGCUAAAUUCAGCUCUGGUGUUGGCAAGAGGAGCUGUAUUUGGUCUGCUAGCUACAUUUCAGUGUUUUGCCAAAUAAGCACUCUCUUCUUGUUAAAUAUCUGUUAUGCCUGAUUUUUCCACAUCUGCUAUUUUUUAGCUGAGAGAAUCCAUUUGCAUGAAUCCCUUUUCUUAGCCACCUAAAUUGUUGUUGUUGUGCACUGGGAUAUGUAUCCAGUAGGAUGAGAAAGAUGUCAGUUUCAAAAGAAGAAAAAGAAUAUAGAGAUAGGAGAGGAAUUUUCCUAGAAGAACCAGUGAAUUGAAUUGAUGAAGGUAGAUUGACAUUGAGCCUUCAUAAGUGGGCAAGGUCCUUCCUAGAUUCAUAUUCGUGGGAUGCAUGAGAGCAGAAUUUGUACCACAGAAUAAAUU